GCAUACGGUGUUAUUUGUACUCUCGAAUUGGAUGGGAGGGCCAAACCACCCCCCACCCCCGACUUUGGUUUCUUGUACUGAGAUAACGCAUGUAACUAUACAUCAAUGAGGGACGGUAUCUCACUUUCACACGAGCAUGCAUCCAUACAUAUAUACAUAUAUUCAACCGUUCUUUGGUCCACGCUGAGCUGCUACUCUGAUAGUUCCUGUACUAGGAUUGGUACGGAUCAGACAGAAGAUCCCGCAGUAGCAAUCACAUUGGAAUGAGUAGGGAUGGAGCCGAGAUAGCGACUUAUCUACCUAUUACUUACCUACUCCAUUA